AUGGCCCCACCCAAGGUCUUUCUCACUGGAGGCACCGGUUACAUUGGCGGAGACGUCCUCUACGCCGUCAGUCAGGCGCAUCCUGACUGGCAGUUAUCUGUCCUGGCUCGGAGUCCAGAGAAAGCAGCUCAGGUUUCCAGCAAAUACCCCAACGUAAGAAUAGUGAUUGGGGACCUUAGUUCCUCCUAUCUCAUCCAGGAGGAGACCAAAAACGCAGACAUCGUCUUCCACUGUGCCGACUGUGACCAUGUUGCCGCGGCAGAAGCCAUCGCCAAGGGUGCCGCUCAACACAGCCCCUAUAGGCCGCUGUGGUUAAUCCACACUUCUGGGACCGGUAUCCUGACGGUUGAGGACUUCCGCACCAACACUUGGGGUCUAUACCGGACCAAGGAGCACGACGACUGGGACGGUGUGGACGAGCUCCUCAACCUUCCGGAUGACUCUCUCCACCGGAACGUGGACAAGAUCAUCAUCGAUGCUGGCAAAAGCAAUCCCGACAGUGUCAAAGUGGCUAUUGUCUGUCCUCCGACAAUCUACGGCCCAGGCCGCGGACCUGGUAACCAGGAGAGUGUGCAGGCAUACUGGCUGACUGCUGCGGUGCUGAAGAGGAAGAAGGGGUUCCUAGUUGGUAAGGGAGAAAACAUCUGGCACCAAGUCCAUGUCCAAGAUCUGAGUAGCGUCUAUCUGGCCUUGGGAGAUGCCGCUUCGGUUGGUGGCGGAAAUGCGUCCUGGAACAACGAGGGAUAUUAUUUGGCGGAGAACGGUCCAUUUGUCUGGGGUGAUAUCCAGCGUGAAGUGGCCCGGGUAGCUUAUGAGAAGAAGCUGAUCCCAUCUCCGGAGGUUGAAUCUUUGUCCGAUGCUGAGGUCACUGAGCUGAACGAGUUUGGGCUGUAUGCUUGGGGCAGUAGCUCGAGGGGGCACUCCUACCGUGCUCGGAGGCUGCUUGGCUGGUCUCCCAGCAGGCCCAGCUUGAAGGAGCUUAUCCCACAGAUUGUGGAUAUUGAAGCUAAGAGUCUAGGUCUCUAA